AUGGUCCUGGAAAUCCCUCUACGGCGGUUUAUGCGCUCGAUCAACAGCAGGUAUAUUUACGGGAGAGUGCCACUUGUACACCUUAUCAUCUCUCUCAUCGAACUCGCCAUGAUUGGGAGACUGGCCGCCAAAUUUAAUGGCUACUAUGCCGACCGACCAGGUGCGCUGCUGCAUUUACGUGACGUACCGAUGGAUGACGAGUGUAUACUGAUCGCUCUGGCAGUUCUCACGAUGAUGAUCACGAACGCGCUCCUGGGAGGCAUCGCCGACACGGUCGCACAAUCCAUCACCGCAAUCCGGCAAGCAGCAAUCCGCAAGCCAGGAGGAAUUACAAAGGAUGACACGCUGGCGAUUGAGAUCCACGACCUGGACCGCAAGGGCACCCUGAACGAUCAUGACCUCAUCCCGGCUUCGAAGAUCCUCCCACCGCCCUUCGACUUCGAGCGGCUGACACGGUUCAUGGCGUACGGGUUCAUCAUGGCACCGGUGCAGUUCAAGUGGUUCCAGUUCCUGUCGCGGGCCUUCCCAAUCACGAAGACGAGCGCGUUGGGCCGGGCGCUGAAGAUGGUGGCGAUGGACCAGCUGGUAUUUGCGCCGGUCGGCAUCGCCACGUUCUUCACGGUCAUGACUGUUGCGGAGGGGGGUGGUCGGCGUGCCGUAUCGCACAAGCUGAGGGACAUGUAUCUGCCAACGCUGAAGGCAAACUUUAUGCUUUGGCCGCUGGUGCAGAUCAUCAACUUCCGGAUCAUGCCUCUGCAGUUCCAACUGCCGUUUGUAUCGACCGUCGGUAUUGCCUGGGGGGCUUAUCUCUCUCUAUCCAAUGCAGCUGAGGAUGCAAUGGAAGAUCGGUCAGCUCCUCCAUCGCCGAACAUCCGUUUGCUCUGA